GUUCGGACGACGUGCCCAUCACGCCAGGCAUCGCGAGCAGAGAUGACCUCUCAAGUUCCGCGCCUGGAUCAAUCGGAGUGGUGUGCAAAUGGGGAACCUGGCCUCGAAUUUGACAACAGCGGUAAAAGGAGUCUUCUGGUCCCUGGAAUUGGUCAUCCGAUACCAAUCGAAUUACCCUCGGCAGAGCGUUUCGCACAUGGCUUCAACGACUGGGCGCAAAAUCGCUUGACAGCGAGGGAGAUGGAAAUGCUGAGGUUCAUGAACCGCAUCACCGAUCGACCAGGGUGGUUUGAAGAAGCUCACCAUCUGUCUCGGACUGUGUUGUGGGCUGAAGAGGCGGCGCGGAGUCAUCUGAUCAGUGCCGCUGCGUGGGAUUGGUGCUACAAAGAGCUGCGCGACAAGGCAGAGGAUUAUCAGAAGACAGGUUUGACCCUGGUGUUUGACUCUUCGUCGCGGAUCUGUAAGUCAGACGAGCUGAUCCCAGCUGAGUUACUGGACAGGAUGGCAGGUGAGGUCGAACGUCUUGCUUGCGAGGAAGGCGGAAGCCUCGUCGACCCCGACGUGUUCCCUCUUGUAUACGGCAACACUCGUGUGUUGUGCGAUGGAGGAGUGGUCGGCCGCUUGAAUGCCGUCAACUUUGUGCAACAAGGUGAGAGAUCCCGAGAGCAGAUCUGGAAAUGUGGGAGGAGAGGCUCUGGGGGAAUACUGAGUUCAUGGGAGGAACGCGGUGGUCGGUUUUCUCCUGAAUACCAGUGGCUGCCCUGCGAGGUUGACAUCAAACAGGAGUUCUUCAGCAACGGCAAGCCGAAGGUCCGCAUCUCGUCUUAUAUCAACAAUCUGCAUCCGAGACACCAUGCGUCGCUCUACGAUUCGAUUGAGAAGUGUGUCGAGGCGUCUAUACGAUCAUGGAACGAGAUUUUGACGUACAGAUAUAGGGGCAGGACACCCGAGAGAAUCCGGACGUUUGGAGUGCAAUGGAGCCCGCCACCACCAGACUCAGAAGAUCUCGACGACUUUGAGAGUAUGCUCGGUCAAGGACAAGGCGGUUUAUCUCAUCACCGCACCAAAAGAUGGCUGCACCCUGAGCCGGGGACUGCGUUCUCCUACGAAGACUGGAGAAAGGGAAAGAACAAUGGAUGCGUUGUGCCUGGUCACGCUGGUUAUCUCCACGCCAAGAAGGUCGAUGAUCCGUUCAAAGAAGACCACGAGUUUUACACUAUUGACAUUGAGGAACGAUUCGCGGACAACGGGCUCCAGGUGGUCGUCGAAAUUGGUAGUGUAGAUCUCACACCCGACGACCCGCACCGAUCCAGAUCAGAAUGGCAGCUCUCUGGUCUCUCAAACGACCACAUCGUCGCAAAAACAAUCGUCUACCCCGCUAGCGAAAACGUCUCUUCGCAUUCCGGAUCUCUCUCUUUCCGUGUUGAAGCCCACCUCGACCCGCCUAUGCACGUGUACGGUAUCAACACGGGCUCCGACCCUUUCCAUCCUCUCGAUCCUCUCGCAGAUAUCUACGAUUUUGAGUCUCACCUUGAGCUCAAUAGUGGCGAGUGCAUGAAUUCUCCCGGUGGACCUAUGCUGCAAUUCCUCGGCACCGUUGCGGCGCCAGACGGCCGCCUGAUCGCCUUCCCAAACAGUAUGCAACACCGGACUGAAGAAUUCAGUCUGCUUGAUCCUACCCGCCCUGGACGUCGAAGGUGGCUCAAGCUGCAUCUUGUAGAUCCCCACUAUCGGAUUUGUUCCACUCGGAAUGUGCCUCCUCAACAAUUCGACCGGUGCAAUUGCAUUGAUGGCAGAGCAUGUUGA